ACAAGGCAUUGAAGAUACGAUACAAUUAUUCACAAAAUAGAUACAGGCUGCUUCCUUGGCAGAGCUUACAGUCUUCCUGGAAAGUCAGAAAGUCAAAAACUUUAAAGUAUCCUGAAAGUUAUCACGGUGGAAUGUAAAACUUGCUGUAGGAUCUUCUAGUUAGGGCCUCUAUGGGACUCUAAGGGUUAGAGAGGCCUUCAUGUGCAAAUGACCUUUCCACUGAGAUCUGGCUGAUAAGUAGGAGUUCACCAGGUGAAGGCUAGUAGGAGUGGAAAGAGGAAGUGUUUCUAGCAGAGGAAACAACUUCUGCAAAGGACCAGAGGCCUCAAUGCACUUUAGGAAUGUGAGGAAUUAGUGUGUGGCUGGCUUAUGGAGUUGUGGUGGGGAGUGUGAAAACGCUAGGCUAAAAGGAGAAAGUCUCUUAAACCAUAUUGUAGAACUUGGACUUUGAGAAAAACUGGAAGCCUUUGAAAAGUUAAGUCAGGAGAGUGGCAGGGCAUUUUUGUGUUUUAGAAACUUCCCUCUGGCUGCUAUGCCAGGAAUGGACUGGAAGCAGAGCUCUAUGCAAGGAGACUAGUUCAAAGAUGGUAUCAUGUGGGCUAGUUGUAGAUAGACUGGAAAGAUUUAGUAAUCAAUUAAAUGUGAGUGGGGAGGAAACAAGAGAAGUUAAGUUUGGCUGCCAGAUUUCUGACCUAAGCAGCUGGGUAUACCCUGUGUGUGCUCCAACAGAUGAUCAUAUUUCCCCUCUCAUACUGGUUAGCACACUGUAUUUUAAUUGUUAUGAGAGGGCACCUUGAUUGACAAUGCCUAGCUCACAGUUCUUGCCUGGCACCCAUGGUAGUAAGCAUUUACUAAAUGUUUAUAAAUUUAAAUUUAACUUAAUGGUGGGACUGAAAGAGAAACUGGUUUGUGGAAAGCAGACAAGUUCAGUUCAGAACACAGUAUUUGUGGUACCUGUGAAACACCCAGGUGGAGAUUUUCAGGGGACAGCGGAUUAGAUUGGAGCUCCAAAGAAAGAUCUGGACUGGAGAUAUGGUACCAGCAACAUAUGGAGGUCAUCUGAACUGGGGAGAGAAUAAGACCACCUUUGGCUUAUAGAGUGCAAAUGGCACGGAAUCUCAGUCAGACCUCUGGGGUUUAAGAAACAAGCAAAGUCCUUCCUUAUGCAACAGAAAAGGAACUGCUAAAAAGAUAAGAGGAAUGCCAGCAGAGGUUGUAGAAGGAAAGAAAGGUCAACUGUGUUGGCUGCUGCUGAGAUGUAGAGCAAUGUAAGGACAGCAAAGUGUCCCUGCAGAGUCAGAGGUGACCCUAUGAGGAGUGAGCUUGCAAAGGUGAUGGAGUGAGGGGAGAGGAAAUGGGGACCCCCAUGUGUAGGCAAAAAAGCUUGGCUGUAAAAUGGAAGAGAAUGCUAGGGUGGCAACUGGAGAGUACAGCAGGAGGAGGUUUGUCUAAAGAUGGGAGAGACUUGGAUAUGUUUAAAAACUAACGGAAAGGAGUCAAUAAAGAGGAAAAAGAUAAAGUGCAUGUGCAGCAGAGAAAGCAGAAGAGGCUGAGAUUUGAGCACAAACAACCACUAGAUGAAUGAACGAAUGAAUAAAUGAAGUUAGUCACUCUUUUGGAAGUGGGAGGGAAGAGUUAAGGGUAGAGUUCUCCACAUACUGAAAGUGGAGCAAACCAAGGAGGAAUAUCACUGAGGCCGAAUCCCAGUACUGGCUACCCAGCCCUCAGAUCACGUGUCCGGGGAGGAGAGCUAGUUCUCAGAUGUCAUUAAGGGGGAGGGGCACUCCCCACCCCACCUCUCCAAAGCCAGACAGAAAGCCUCACGUUGUGCAGUGGAGAAACCGAGAGAUGGGGGAAAAGGUGGUCAGAUAAGGAGAAAGCACAGGUAUGGGUUUCAAAGCUUUGGCAAUCGACAGGGGAGGUCAGUUCCUACCUUUCACUCCCACGUGCUGUCAAAGCAUCCUGUACUGCUUAUCCAUAGCCCCUGAUUCAGUUGUGGUUAAUACAUUUAUGAUGCCAUCAGUUAAGAUCUGUCUUUAGCUUUCAAGAGGGCAAGGGCUAUGGCUACGUCUCUCUCUUUCCCUUCUCUUAUCUCAAGUAGCUGACACUGUUUUUCACAUAGGACCUGCUCAGCCAAUCCUUGUUAAGAGCAUGAAUGAAUGAACCUACACACUAAAGUAGGGUCCCACUUGAAAGGUUUGUAUGCAGAGGAUCAUAUCAAGGCUUCUCAGCUCCCCAAAACACAUCCCAGAUUCAGAAGAAGAUCUUUUCACCUCUUCCUCAAACUCUGAACCCCUCUGUGUUUCUCCCAGCCAGUUUCUCUUUCUCUCUAGUUUGGUUUUACUAUUUUUCUGGCUGUCUGUUUCUCUGUCUUUAUGGUGUUUUUUUUUUCCUGAAUUUGCACAGGAAGCACGCAGCUUUAGGUCUGAGACGAUUGGUAAUGGAAACAUUGGUGCCUAUGUAAAUUUAAUAAAGUGUCACGAAUAUUUGUAUCUUUGUCAUUAAUGCCUGUCUCUUUGCCUGUGUUCUGUCUCAGACCUGAUUCUUUCUCGACAUCUUCCCGUGUCCAGCUCAAGAGUCCCACCACCACCCAGGACCAGCUCCUCCUGCCCCUGGAUCUUCUGAUGGACCCCAAAAGAUGGCCGGCAGGUGUCUCUGGCUGAAGGGGACAGGUUUCUACUGCUUCGAAAGACCAACUCAGACUGGUGGUUGGCGAGACGCCUGGGAGCACCCUCUACCUCUCGACCCAUCUUUGUCCCAGCUGCCUACAUGACAGAGGAACCUAGCCCUUCCCAGAGCCCAAACUCCAUCACCCCCAGCCAGUCCCUCUGGACUCCUGGCCCACAGUUACUUCCUGGCUCCAUGGAGGAGCUGCCCCUGUGUCAGGAACCCCCAGGCAGAGCUCAGGCUUCAUCCAAGCAGCCUCCUCCCCUCCCCACAAAAAUGUGUCGAAGUGUCAGUGUUACCAAUCUGAGGCCCACCCUCCUGAAGCCCUUCCGGGAAGGACCAAGUGAAAGAUCCCUUUCCCAGGAAGACUUGCUGACAGUGGCCAGCGCAAACGUGGCAAGACCCCAGCCCCUCAUGUCAGAGCCCCCUGUGUACUGCAACCUGGUGGACCUUCGCCGCUGCCCCCGGUCCCCGCCUCCAAACCCUGCAUGCCCCCCGCUGCAGAGGCUGGAUGCCUGGGAGCAGCACUUGGACCCCAACUCGGGACGCUGCUUCUACAUAAAUUCCCUGACUGGCUGCAAAUCCUGGAAGCCCCCACGCCACAUUCGCACCCGAGAGAUGAACCCUGGCUCCACGGAGGGAACACAGACUCUGAACAGAGACAAUGGUAUCCUGCAGCCUCAGGCAGAGGGCUCAGAGUCUGGCACAGGGACCCCAGAACUGCUCCACCCUCGGGGUUCGCCUGGCCUCCACAGACGCACCUCCCAGAUCGACCCCUCAGAUCAACCUUCAGCCUUUCAGUCCCCCCGGCCUCUGCCACAGGUUCUGGAUGACCCCCAUGAGGUAGAAAAGUCAGGCCUGCUCAACAUGACCAAGAUCGCCCAAGGAGGGCGCAAGCUCAGGAAGAACUGGGGCCCAUCUUGGGUAGUAUUAGCAGGUAACAGCCUGGUGUUCUACCGAGAGCCACCAACGACUGCCCCUUCCACCGUCUGGGGACCAGCGGGUAGCCGACCUGAAAGCAGCGUGGACCUGCGGGGAGCGGCCCUGGCCCACGGCCGCCACCUGUCCAGCCGCCGCAACGUCCUGCACAUUCGCACGAUCCCUGGCCAUGAGUUCCUGCUGCAGUCAGACCACGAGACCGAAUUGCGAUCCUGGCACCGCGCGCUGCAGGCAGUCAUCGAACGCCUGGAUCGAGAGAACCCCCUGGAGCUGCGCCUGUCAGGCUCAGGACCGGCUGAGCUGGGGGAGCUGAGCGCCGGGGAGGACGAAGAAGAGGAGUCAGAGCGGGUGUCGAAGCCGCUACUGCGGAUCGGCGGCCGGCGGAGUUCCAGUCGGUGUCCCGAAGGAGCUGAGCAGAACCGCGUGCGGAACAAACUAAAGCGGCUUAUCGCAAAGAGACCGCCCUUGCAAACUCUGCAGGAGCGGGGUCUGCUCCGAGAUCAGGUGUUUGGCUGCCAGUUGGAAUCACUGUGCCAACGUGAAGGGGACACCGUGCCCAGCUUUGUGCGGCUCUGCAUUGCUGCUGUCGAUAAGAGAGGACUAGAUGUGGAUGGCAUUUACCGGGUGAGUGGGAACUUGGCGGUGGUCCAGAAACUUCGCUUCUUGGUGGACAGAGAGCGGGCGAUCACCUCCGAUGGGAGGUACGUGUUCCCAGAACAGCCAGGACAAGAAGGCCGAUUAGAUUUGGACAGUGCUGAGUGGGAUGACAUUCAUGUGAUCACGGGAGCUCUGAAGCUUUUUCUCAGGGAGCUACCCCAGCCUCUGGUGCCCUCACUGUUGCUGCCCCAUUUUCGUGCCGCCCUUGCACUCCCAGAAUCAGAACAGCGCCUCACUCAAAUACAAGAAUUAAUAAGCUCAAUGCCAAAGCCCAACCAUGACACUCUGCGGUACCUCCUGGAGCAUUUAUGCAGGGUGAUAGCACACUCAGACAAGAACCGCAUGACCCCCCACAACCUGGGAAUUGUGUUUGGACCAACCCUAUUUCGGCCGGAGCAGGAGACAUCUGACCCAGCGGCCCACUCCCUCUACCCUGGGCAGCUAGUCCAGCUGAUGCUCACCGACUUCGCCAGCCUCUUCCCCUGACUGGGGCAGGGAAGAAGAGAAAAUAUGUUUCCAGUGAUCUUUGCUGGGUGCCCUUUGAUGGGGGUGCAGGUGGGGGUGUUCUGUUUGGGGGACAUCCCUUUAAAUCCUGUGUCUCCCAGA